CGGACACGUAUUUCAAAGGCUCUUGCCGUCGGCGAGCCUCAAGGCUCAGAUCUCAGAGCCUUACCGAUUUUUGUCUUAAACCAUACAGUACUUGAGCAUGACCUCGAUGAGGGAUGCUAUUGCUCUGCUGUGCAUUCUUCUAUCAGGACUCCUUGGUGUCAUCAUUUUUACUGCUUACACAAAGGCACUUGCUAGACGCUCAGCAGAAGCUCGCCAGGCCAUUAUCAAGAACCUUGGCCUCCCCGCCACAUCAAACCCCAAAUUUAUCGGUUUCUUCCAUCCCUACUGCAAUGCUGGUGGAGGAGGGGAACGUGUCCUCUGGACUGCUAUAGCAGCCACCCAACGUGCCCAUCCUAAUUGCGUCUCAUUAGUGUAUACUGGAGACGUAGACGCGACCAAAGAACAAAUAAUAGCUCAAGUCGAAGCACGUUUUGAUAUCUCUCUUGACCCGAACUCUUUGCAUUUCGUCUUCCUCAAGAAGAGACGCCUAGUGGAGGACGCCGCCUGGCCACGCUUUACACUUCUUGGCCAGAGUCUUGGGUCCAUGAUCCUCGCUUGGGAAGCCUUGGCCCAAGUCAUCCCAGACCUAUACAUUGACAGCAUGGGCUACGCUUUCACAUUCCAUGUAGUUGCAUGGAUUACUAAGGGCUCCAUACCUAUGGGUGCAUAUGUACAUUAUCCAACAAUCAGUACGGACAUGCUGGCCCGGGUGAAGGCCAGGAAGGCGGGUCAUACCAACCGUGGAGAUGUCGCAGGCUCGUUGGUAUUGAGCUACGGAAAAAUAUGGUAUUAUCGUUUCCUAAUGUAUCACUACUCCCUGGCACUCUCCCGCCCUUCCUUCAUCAUGGCCAACUCCAGCUGGACAAAGAACCAUGUCGAUGCGAUACUCUCGCACUCUGACCCCGUCAUGAACACCCUGCACUACCUUAACCCACUCAUCCUUCUUCGUCUCUUUGCGACUACUUUUAAGAGGUCGAGAGAACUUCACACCGAACCAGCAAACAAGAAACGAGAAGCCAAGAUUGUCUACCCACCAUGCGAUACCCGCGAGAUGGAACAAUUCUCUUUAGACGAGAGGGAAAGAAUCAUACUGAGUAUCGCUCAAUUCAGGCCAGAAAAAGAUCACCCCGCACAACUUCGCGCAUUUGCGCAGCUGUUGGCCGAUCACCCAACCUAUUCUUCUGGUUCCACUUCUGCGAAACUUUUCCUACUGGGCGGCGCGCGUAACGCGGACGAUCACGCACGCGUGCAAUCCCUUAGAAAUCUUGCAGAAGAACUGAAGAUUACCCCUCACGUCCAGUUCAUCGUCAACGCAAGCUACCCCGAGAUGCUCGGCUGGCUCGCAAUGGCCACCAUCGGGCUCAGCACGAUGGUGGACGAACAUUUCGGGAUAAACGUCGUUGAAUUCAUGGCUGCAGGGGUCAUUCCUGUGACGCAUGCUUCCGGUGGACCACUUCAUGAUAUUGUCGUACCUCUGGACGGUGAAGCAACGGGAUUCCAUGCGCGGGAUUCGCAGAGCUUCGCGAAUGCCAUGCACACGGUGUUGAGCAUGAGUAAAUCGGAGGAGUUAGCGAUGAGGAAGCGGGCACGUACGUGGGCUGUGACUACAUUUGCCGAGGAGCGGUUCGUAGAGGGUUGGGAAGCUGCUUGGAAAGGGUGGGUAUGAUGAGUGUAGUGUCUUUGCUCUUCGCGAAAUCGUCGUUUACAUAAAUGAUCUAUAAACUUAUCAGUAAAUAAUCAUUCCCUGCUCCUUCAUUCA